AUGAAGUCGCCAACAGAUUCCAUCGCAUUUUUCACCAAUUCUUUGACAGUUUCACCUGAAGUGCAUGGUAUGGUAUCCAAAAUCGUCCGUCGAAGUGUGUAAAUCUGGAGUUUAGGCAUCUAAAAUCAAAAAAUAAUAAUAUAAAAGGUCUAGUGUAACAACGAAUAAAUAAAGAACUUGGAAAAAAAUUGAAUUAGCUAAUUGUCGAAUAAACUUACAGGUUUAGGGAGAAAUGCUACAGUUUUGACAAGAUUUUGCAAAAGAUUUUCGCGCAAGUUUUUAUUUUUGGGAACACUUGACCCAUCUCCGUUAUGUGUCAAGUCUGCACCAAAAAAUAAAUUUCGUUGUUUUUGCGGGAAAACAGAUUUUGAGUAAGUCCUACUAGAAUUUCGUGAAUUUCACAGCAGUCGAGAUGUUUAUAGGUCAUUUUGGAGAGCGUAUCUGUGAAAACAUAUGUUAUAUCAAUGUUAUACUUGACAUAACUUCUUACUUUUUGGUUUCAGAUGCCAAAACUCGAGAUUUACACUCUCCGGGGGACGAUUUUGGAUACCAUUCCAUGCUGUUCAGGUGAAACUGUAAAAGAAUUGGUGAAAAAUGCGAUGGAAUCGAAGAAACUUCGAAUUGAAGAGGCCAGAUGCCUAAAACAACAAAAAAAGGAUGGAACUUGGACGAAAAUCAGGUGGAAAGACAAAGUUGGGGAUGAUGAUGCUGUCUAUCGGAUCACCAGGGAUCCGCAAAAGGUGAUUUCUCUCAAUGUAUUUAGUUAUUCAGUGUUUAGUUACUUCUAAAACAUCGAGUUCGAGUUGUGGACUUCAAUGGCGAAGAAAUUGGUCGAUUCCCCACUAGAUGCGGAAAAUCCGUGUUGAAUAUUGUUAAUGAUGUUUGCAGACAGCUGCAGAUCGAGAAAGAAAGGGUGUUAUCAACCGAGAUUCGGAUAGGAAAUGGGUUUAAACGGGUCCCCAAAGAUUCGAUGGUCAAUUUUAAUGAUGUUGUUGUGAUAAUUGUGGAUGAAUUGGAAAGAGUAAGGUUGCUGAUGGUCGCAAAAACCCUUGAACUUCUUUUCAGGACCACAUUCGAAUAGAGAACGGUGAACCGGUCCUUCCAAGAUGUCUUUCCGUACUAAAAUUGGUCGAUUUAUUGAGGGAGUACAAACAUGUAAGUUAAUUUCAAAUUACAUUUAUUUUUGCAUUUAGUCCAAUAGAGGAAAAGAGCCUCGCGGAAAGACGAUAAACGUAGAGGAAUUUAUCAAGAAGCUGGAAUCUGGAAAACGAGUUGAUGAAGCUGAGAAGUAUUUGAUCUCCAGAAGUGUAGUAGACCCUCUUUGUGAGCAUUGUCUUCGAAGAGGAAGCCCAUGGAGAAAUGAAUCUCGCCUGUAUUUGAAUAAUUUGUUCGCUCCGUACCCGCAACUUCAUGUGGUAGGGGGUUUGUUACUUUGAAUUUAUUUUUAGGAUGAAUUUGUGUCUCCGAUUGAUCGUAAUCUGGAGAAGGAUCCCUUUGAUAAUGUCCUAUCCAACCGACUGUUCGUCAGUCUUCGACACAGGAGGGCCAGUUUGAAGAGAAUCUCCAAAGAAAAUUUUAGAAAUAAAUGA